AUGUCCAACAACGAAUCCAGUGUAAGCUAUAAUAAUAGAAAAUAUUUAGAAGUGUACGGGUACUUGUCGAAAAAUGUCACGUGGGAGAUUCAAGAGGAUCGACGGGAAUUUCUUUAUCAACUCGAUGCCGUCAUCGAAAAUUGGAAAGGCCAACUUCCAAAUAUUCUAGACUUCUUCCGGAAAGAAGUUAUUCAUUGGCUUUUGCUGGAAUCCACCACAGACGCAGAUGAAGACGUCAGCGAGACACCAGGGGAACGAUUCAUAAAUUUCGUGGCUCGCAGCGGCUACAAAGACGCGCCCGAAAUGAAUAAACACGGAAAGCCACUAUUGCGUCGCACCACACUAGUCCAUCGUGCGGCUCGAAAUAAUCGCAGUUACGCCCUAGUCUCUGAUCUCUUUAAAAUUUUUGACAAACUUGACGUAAAUUACAUAGACGAAGAUGGAUUAACACAUCUUCACGUGGCCUGCUGGUAUGGUCUCGACACCAUCGUCGAAAAAUUCCUUGAACUCGGGCAAGAUCCCAACGGCUUUUCUCAAGACAUGGGCGCGAGAUAUCCUUACCCGCCGCUAUACCUGGCUCUAUCCAGAGGCAACGAGACAGUAGCCGAAUUGCUGCUGAGAAAAGGCGUCUAUCUGCUUCAAGCCAGUGUGGACGGAGUAACUCCUGCGCACAUGCUUGGCAAGAGAAAUUACAAUGAUGCCUUCCUUGAGACAUUUUUUGAGAUUGUCGAGGAGAAACAUCAGACGUUGCCGGUCAACGCCAUAGACCGUGAUGGCCUUUUACCGUUAGAUUAUGCUCUGAGGGGCAGAAACAAGAAACUGAUGGAAAUGCUGUUGAGAAACGGCUCGAAUCCAAAUUUGGGCAACAAAUAUAGAGAUGCUCCAUUGCAUACCAUUUGUAAGCUAUGCUACAACAUUGACUUUGGUGAUAUAUUGGAGAAAUUUUUUGCCAUCAACGACGAACUUGGUAACACGAUCCAGGUCAACGCUCAGAAUAUAUACGGUCACACACCAUUGCACUUGCUCCUGUCUGUAUCGAGUAACAACAAAAAAAACAACGAUCACAACUAUCAGGAUGACACGCCAUCGCUCUUGGUUCUGCAGAAUCUUAGAAAAAAUGCAGUUGAACUGUUGCUGAAAAGGGGUGCCGACCCUAAUGUGGCCGACAAGGAAGGAUUUAUCCCCCUGCAUAACAUUUCCAUGGACUUGGUGGAGACAUUCUUCAAAAUCAACAAAGAGUUGAAUCAAGAUUUGUGCGUCAACGUCCGGAACAAAUGGUACGAGACACCGUUGCAUCGGGCAUUACACCAAAACCUCAAAAACUUGGCCGAACUGCUGCUGAGACAGGACGCUGAUCCGGAUUUCUCCGACAACAAAAGGCAGACUUGUUUGCAUAUUAUUUGCAGAAGGGACGACGACGACGAAAACAUGGCAAAGAUGUUAUUUCAGAUUUGCGACGAUAAACAUCGCUCGGUCAAGGUUGACGCUCAGGACAAUGAGGGUCGGACACCGUUACACGAGGCAUUAGACAAAGGCAACAUAAAAUUGGUAGAAAUUUUGCUAAGAAGAGGCGCUCGCCCGAACUUAGCUGAUGAUAAGAAAAUUACUCCUUUGCACGCAAUAUGCAAGAGAAAAAACGGCGACGAUGGCUUGCUGAAGAGAUUUUUCGAGAUCAACGACGAAUUAAAUCAGCUGGUGGAGGUCGACGCCAAGAACGAGGAGGGCUCGACGCCGCUACACUUGGCUCUGUCCCAUGGAUGCAAAAAAAUGAACCAAUUGCUGUUGCAAAGACAUGCCGAUCCAAACUUGGCCAACGCAGAGGGUCAUACUCCUCUGCAUGUUAUAUGUCAGAGAGAAGACGACGAUGUUGACUUGGUGAAGAUGUUAUUCGAGAUGAGUGACAAAUUGAAUAAGCCGAUCCAGAUCGACGCCCGGGACAAAUUCGGCUGCGCACCAUUGCACUUGGCUUUGAAUGGCGGCCACGAACAAAUAGCCGAAUGGCUGCUGAGAAGAGGAGCUGAUAUAAAUUUAGCCAACGUGAAAGGAUCGACACCGUUGCACAUGAUUAGCGCGGGAAAAAUGGACUACGCUGACUUUUUGCAGACGUUUUUCGAGAUCAGCGACGAGCAAAGGCGGCCGGUGAAGGUCGACGCACGCGACAACGAAGGCAAAACGCCGCUCCACCAUGCUAUAAGUCACCGACACAAGAAGCUGUUUGAAUUACUGCUGAGAAGAGACGUCGAUCCGAAUGUGGCCGAUAACGAUGGUUCGACAGCUCUGCACACGAUUUGCAUGGCCGACGACGACAACGGCUGGGCGACGAUGUUGUUUGAAAUCAGCGAGGAAAGGAAUCGACAGGUGCAGAUCGAUGCUCGGGGCUUGUACAACUUAACACCACUACACCUUGCACUGGUAAAAAAAGAGCUCAGGGAGGUGGCAGAAUUGCUUCUGAGAAAGGGCGCCGCUACGAAUUUAGUCGAUUCGGAGGGCUCGACUCCUCUGCACACGGUUUGCAAGUACGCCGAUGACGAUGACCGCGUGAGGAUGUUGAUCGAGAUCAGCAACGAAGAAAAUAAGCCGGUCGAGGUCGACGCCCGGAAUAAGUUGGGCCGGACGCCGCUACAUCGGGCCCUGGUCAAAGGAAACGGUCAGGGGGUCAGGUAUCUGCUGAAAUUAGGCGCCGACCCCAACUUGGCAGACAUGAAUGGAUUUUCACCGUUGCAUGUCAUCAUCAAGCAUCGUUACGACGACGAUAAAUUGUUGAAGCUGUUCUUCGACGCCUGCAAAGAGGUCGAUCGGCCGGUGCAGGUCGAUGUCCAAGACAAGAACGGCCGAACGCCUUUACAAUGGGCCGUAGCGAAUCUGUUCCUGAAUGCGGUCGAUGUACUCCUGGAUCAAGGCGCCGAUCUGUCCAGCUUCGUUUUUCCCAGCAAGAGCUUUUUCGUCGAGAGAUUUAGAUCGAUAAGUGAGGUAGACGAACGUGAACGGCUUUGGCUCAAAUUAGCAUUAGCGUCUAAAAUUUUAGCCAUCGUUAAACGUCUCGAGAAAAGAGGAUAUGAAUUUAAUCGUAGCCAAGCCCUGGAUAUCAUGAGUUUGUUCGCCGAGUACGGAUUGUUUGAAAAGUCAGUGGAUCUUGACAAAUAUUGGUAUGACGACGAAGAAUUUGUGAGCAAAUCGAAAGAGAUAAUGGUGAUUCCUGGCCUGUCGCUUCACGACCUUAUCCGAUUGAAACCGAAAGAGGCGGCAAAACAACUGAAGUAUGAGAACUAUGGCGCGUUAGCGCACUGGAUCAAAUCGUCGGAUCUUUCCGAAAGCUACAGGGAGGUUUGUGCUCGACAUCUGUGCGAAAAACUGUCGAGAGGAUUUUUCUGGCCUUGGGCACUGGAUGCGUUCUAUGAAGUAAGUCGCUGUCAGCUACCGGUUCUCUGCUGUGAAAUGAUUAUUGAAAACCUAAAGAACGAGGAUUUAUAUAACAUUUGCUUGGCAACCCUACACGGAAAAAACGGCAAAGAGUGUAGCAAAGUGCUUAAGCGCAAGGUAAAACUCAGUGCAUACGCAGUGCAGGAAGUCGGUCGCGACGGCAAGCGAUGCGUUACUUUAUUUAUACAUAAAUACACGAAAAAAACGGCGGAGAGUUUGGCACUGUGCUUAGGAGCACGGUAA